AUGGGCUACGGUUUCCACGAGGACAUCACCGAACGCGAACUCGCCCGACUGGUUGCCACAGGAAUUCCGACGGCCAUCAUCCUCGACUCAGGGUCGACCGACAGCGGUCCCGAAAAGCUUGCCCUCGGAAGCAUGACAUGUCCGGAAUCUGCUUACGUCGAAGACUUGACGAAAUUGUUGAGGCUUGUCCACACGUAUCGAGUGCCUCUGAUCUUUAGCUCUGCUGGUGGGGACGGCUCAGACGAACACGUUCGGCUGAUGGGACAGAUAGUCGAUAGGAUUGCGGUAGAAAACGAAUGCUACUGUUUCAAGACCAUCUCGAUAUUCUCCUCCAUCGAUAAGGCUAUCAUCCGAGAGAGGCUCGACACUGGGAAGAUCACAGGAUGUGGAACCUGUGUCCCAGCCUUGACAGAAGCGGACAUCGAAACCUCACCUCGAGUUGUAGCACAGAUAGGACCAGAGCCCUUCCUGGACGUCAUGGAAGCCGACCCUGACUUUGACGUCAUCAUCGGCGGCCGAGCCUAUGAUCCAGCGCCAUAUGUUGCCUAUUCGCUCUUUCAGCUGAAGAGGCAAUACCCCAAUCUUAACGCCGAGGAGAUUCACUCCCGAUAUGGUGGCUUCCUUCAUAUGGGGAAGAUUAUGGAAUGUGGAGGUUUAUGCUCGACGCCCAAGUCCCACGGCGCCGUAGCAACGGUGUACCCGACCGGAGUCUUUGAUGUGCGGCCAACUGCCCCCGAAUCGAGAUGCACGCCCUACUCAGUCGCGGCACAUGCCCUGUACGAGAACGGACGGCCGGAUAUUCUGCGUGGCCCAGGUGGUGCACUUCAUCUGAACGAGUCCAAAUAUGAGCAACUGGAAGACCAAAGAACCGUUCGAGUUCGUGGCAGCCAGUUCAGGUCCCUGCAAUCACAGGGUCUGCCCUACCAAUUCAAACUCGAGGCUGCUCGUGUGGUGGGAUAUCGAACUAUAUUUCUGGGUAGUGUUCGGGAUUACAUUUUAAUCAACCAGAUCGACAAAUUGCUAGCCAAUGUCCGGAAAUACGUAUCCCAACAGCAUCCAGACAUUAUCGGAGAAUGGGACCUCGACUUCCACCUGUACGGGAAAGGACAGAGGACAGCAGACGGUCCAGGUGAGGUCUUCGUCGUCGCCGAAGCUGUCGCGCCAACCCAGCAACUAGCAACUAGUAUUGCUGCUAAGGCACGAGUGGGCAUGAUCCACGGACCAUAUCCGGGGCAGAAAGCAACAGCAGGAAACUUUGCCUUUGGCAUCGGAGGAAAGAUGGAGAUUGAAACUGGUCCAUGUGCUAAGUUUUCUGUAUACCACCUCAUGGACCUCCAACCAGGAGAAGAGCGCCUGAAGGCUACAAAAGCCGCUGCACAUCGUCCGUUGAUUCAUUGCAGCGUGGCUAUCAUCGGAAAGGGAAGAAGAGUACCAUCCGACGAGGAUUUCAGAGCCGGCAUUGCUCGACGUCUGGAAUCCCUCUCCAAUCCCCCGCCGAUUCCGGUAAAGAAGCAGUUAGCGAGCGACCUAAUCGUGUCGAGAAAUUCACCACGAACACUUUCCGACCUAACAUAUGUCUUCCGGUCGAAGAACGCUGGCCCUUACGAAAUCACCAUCGACGCUCUCUUCACCUCCGAAGAGGCAUAUCAAACUGUGAAAAACUCCUCACUACUAUCUCCAGAAAACGUCGCCAAAGCCCUCGGAAUCCCAACGAAAGACAUAAUAUGGCUUGGAUUCAUGGACGCGGCACUCGCGUUCAAGGUUACUAUACCACGCGUGCGAUGUGGGAGAAAGGCACCCGCUGGUAGCUUUAUGGAGAAUGAUGUCCACGGGUCACAACAGCACUUGGGUCUAGCUAAUCUAAAGUUACAUCCGCAGACAAUGAGUGAACCGUCCAGGAAUUCUGUCCUCGGUGUUUCUCGGAACAAAUUGCUGUUGCCCCUCUGGGGCCUGACGGUUUUGGCUGCCGCGAAGGCCUUCCCAUCAUGGCGGAAAUGGUUCGGUUGGUAG